AUGACCAUGGCUGGCGGCCGGCGGGGACUGGUGGCCCCGCAGAACACGUUUCUGGAGAACAUCGUGCGGCGGUCCAAUGACACUAAUUUUGUGUUGGGGAAUGCCCAGAUCGUGGACUGGCCCAUCGUGUACAGCAAUGACGGAUUCUGCAAGCUGUCUGGCUACCACCGGGCAGAAGUGAUGCAAAAGAGCAGCGCCUGCAGUUUUAUGUAUGGAGAGCUGACUGACAAGGACACAGUUGAAAAGGUUCGACAGACCUUUGAGAACUACGAGAUGAAUUCCUUCGAAAUUCUGAUGUACAAGAAGAACAGGACACCUGUGUGGUUUUUUGUGAAGAUUGCUCCAAUCCGGAAUGAACAGGAUAAAGUGGUUCUGUUCCUUUGCACUUUCAGUGACAUAACUGCAUUCAAGCAGCCAAUCGAGGACGACUCCUGCAAAGGCUGGGGGAAGUUUGCCCGACUGACCAGAGCUCUGACAAGCAGCAGGGGAGUCCUGCAGCAGCUGGCCCCCAGUGUGCAGAAGGGCGAAAAUGUUCACAAGCACUCGCGCCUGGCAGAGGUCCUGCAGCUGGGUUCAGACAUCCUUCCCCAGUACAAGCAAGAGGCUCCAAAGACACCCCCUCACAUCAUCCUACACUACUGCGUCUUUAAGACCACGUGGGAUUGGAUCAUCUUGAUCCUGACCUUCUACACAGCCAUCCUGGUUCCUUACAACGUCUCCUUUAAAACCAGGCAGAAUAACGUGGCCUGGCUGGUGGUGGACAGCAUCGUGGACGUCAUCUUUUUGGUGGACAUUGUUUUGAAUUUCCACACCACCUUUGUCGGGCCAGCGGGGGAAGUGAUCUCUGACCCCAAACUUAUCCGCAUGAACUACCUGAAGACGUGGUUCGUCAUCGACCUUCUGUCCUGUCUGCCGUAUGACGUCAUCAACGCUUUUGAGAACGUGGAUGAGGUUAGUGCCUUUAUGGGUGAUCCAGGGAAGAUUGGUUUUGCUGAUCAGAUCCCACCACCACUGGAGGGGAGAGAGAGUCAGGGCAUCAGCAGCCUGUUCAGUUCUCUGAAAGUUGUGCGGCUGCUUCGGCUCGGGCGAGUAGCCCGCAAGCUGGACCAUUACAUCGAGUAUGGAGCCGCAGUACUGGUCCUGUUGGUGUGUGUGUUUGGGCUGGCUGCCCACUGGAUGGCCUGCAUCUGGUACAGCAUUGGGGACUAUGAGAUCUUUGAUGAAGACACCAAGACCAUCCGCAACAACAGCUGGCUCUACCAACUGGCAUUGGACAUCGGCACUCCCUACCAGUUUAAUGGCUCUGGUUCAGGGAAGUGGGAAGGUGGGCCAAGCAAGAACUCUGUCUACAUCUCCUCGCUGUACUUCACCAUGACAAGUCUCACCAGUGUGGGCUUUGGUAACAUUGCCCCAUCCACAGACAUCGAGAAGAUCUUCGCAGUGGCCAUCAUGAUGAUUGGCUCUCUUCUGUAUGCUACCAUCUUUGGGAACGUGACAACCAUUUUCCAGCAGAUGUAUGCCAAUACCAACAGGUAUCAUGAGAUGCUCAACAGCGUUCGGGAUUUCCUGAAGCUCUACCAGGUGCCCAAGGGGCUGAGUGAGCGGGUCAUGGACUACAUUGUGUCCACCUGGUCCAUGUCCCGAGGCAUCGACACAGAGAAGGUCCUGCAGAUCUGCCCCAAGGACAUGCGAGCUGACAUUUGUGUGCACCUGAACCGCAAAGUGUUCAAAGAACACCCCGCCUUCCGGCUGGCCAGUGAUGGCUGUCUGCGGGCCUUGGCCAUGGAGUUCCAGACAGUGCACUGCGCCCCAGGGGACCUCAUCUACCAUGCUGGGGAGAGUGUGGACAGCCUCUGCUUCGUGGUCUCAGGCUCCCUGGAGGUGAUCCAGGAUGAUGAGGUGGUGGCCAUCCUAGGGAAAGGAGACGUGUUUGGAGAUGUUUUCUGGAAGGAGGCUACCCUUGCACAGUCCUGUGCUAACGUCCGGGCCUUGACCUACUGUGACCUGCACGUGAUCAAGAGGGACGCCCUGCAGAAAGUGCUAGAAUUCUACACAGCUUUCUCCCACUCCUUCUCCCGGAACCUGAUCCUUACCUACAAUCUGAGGAAGAGGAUUGUGUUCCGGAAGAUCAGCGACGUGAAGCGAGAAGAGGAGGAGAGGAUGAAAAGGAAGAACGAGGCCCCCCUUAUCCUGCCUCCUGACCACCCCGUCAGGAGACUCUUCCAAAGGUUCCGCCAGCAGAAAGAAGCCAGGCUGGCAGCCGAGAGAGGAGGCCGGGACCUGGAUGACCUGGAUGUAGAGAAGGGCAACGCCCUCACGGACCAUACCUCAGCCAACCACAGCCUGGUGAAGGCCAGUGUGGUCACGGUGCGUGAGAGCCCUGCCACACCUGUGUCCUUCCAGGCAGCCUCCACCUCCACGGUGUCAGACCAUGCCAAGCUGCAGGCACCUGGAUCUGAGUGCCUGGGUCCCAAGGCGGUUAGUGGCGACCCUUCCAAGCGCAAAGGCUGGGCCCGCUUCAGAGACACCUGCGGGAAGGGCGAGGACUGGAACAAGGUGUCCAAGGCAGAGUCCAUGGAGACGCUGCCUGAGAGGACAAAGGCACCAGGGGAGGCCACGCUGAAGAAGACAGACUCCUGUGACAGUGGAAUCACCAAGAGCGACCUGCGCUUGGACAAUGUGGGUGAGGCCAGGAGCCCCCAGGACCGGAGCCCCAUCUUGGCUGAGGUCAAGCAUUCUUUCUACCCCAUCCCCGAGCAGACGCUACAGGCCACGGUCCUGGAGGUGAAGCAUGAGUUGAAGGAGGACAUCAAGGCCUUGAAUGCCAAAAUGACCGCCAUCGAGAAGCAGCUGUCUGAGAUACUCAGGAUACUCACGUCCAGAGGGUCCUCCCAGUCUCCUCAGGAGACGUGUGAGAUCUCCAGGCCCCAGUCCCCAGAGUCAGACAGAGACAUUUUUGGAGCAAGCUGA